UCAUUUAAUUAAAUCUUUAACAGGUUUAAAGAUGUUGCCAGUCCGAUAUCUCAUGGCAAUUAUGGGAUCCAUUGGCUUAGCUAUCAUAUAUGGAUUCAAAGUAAACUUGAGCAUAGCCAUUGUAGCGAUGGUGAACAAUACAGCUGUCAGGGAACUAGUACGAAACGAUUCGUUACAAAUACAAAAUCCCGCUAUUAAGAGUCCCAACGUCAGCUACGUGGACGGAAAGAACCUGUCGCUUCUUACAAGGACUGGACCACAACAGGAGGACGGGCCGUUCGUUUGGGACGAGAGCCAAUUGGGUAUCAUUCUCGCUUCCUACUUCUGGGGUUACAUCGUCUCAUUGAUGCCUGGAGGGAUGAUGGCCGAGUACUUGUCGGCCAAAUGGGUCCUCAACAUGUCCGUGCUGCUUAACGUUGUUGCCUCGUUGCUGAUGCCCACCGCAGCCGAGAUCCACUACGCAGUUUUCAUCGUCUUGAGGAUCAUCCAAGGCAUAGGCGGGGGUGUCAGUUUUCCAGCCAUACAUGUGAUGGUCGCGAAAUGGGCUCCACCAAACGAACGCAGUAUACUCGCAUCCAUCGCUUAUGCUGGAACUGCGCUUGGAACUGUUAUCUCGAUACUUCUAUCGGGCUUGAUAGCAGCCAACCUCGGCUGGAAGUGGGUGUUUUACAUCGAGGGUCUCCUUUGCUUGAUUUGGUGUAUAGCUUGGGGUCUUAUGAUACAAGACUCGCCAGAGAAGCAAAAGGUUCUCAUCACUACCGAGGAACGAGAGUAUAUUAUGAAUUCUUUAGGUCAAACCAAGGAGUCGCAUAAAUUGAAACUGUCAACAGUCCCAUGGUUUCAAAUUCUUAAGUCACCACCAUUUUUAGCUAUUUUAGUUGCUCAUUUUUGCAGCAAUUUCGGCUGGUACAUGUUACUCAUUGAACUUCCCACAUUUAUGAAUAAAAUAUUGCACUAUGAGCUGAAAAAGAAUGCAUGGCUAUCCGCAUUACCAUUCUUUUGCAUGUGGGUUUUUACACUAGUUCUCAGUAAGGUCCUUGUAAUUAUGCAAGACAAAAAUUGGAUAUCAGUAACGGUUUCGAGAAAAAUUGGAACAUUAUUUUCAUCGGCGGUUCCUAUGUUCUGCUUACUUGGUGUAUCCUAUGUCAGCGACAAAAACUUAGCAGUGGCCCUUAUGACAAUAGGCGUCACAUGUAUUGGUGGAAUGUAUUGUGGAUUCCUGGCCAACCACAUUGACAUAGCUCCAAAUUUUGCUGGUACUCUCGUCGCCAUCACGAAUACAGUCGCAACUAUACCAGGAUUUGUUGUACCGAUUUUCGUUGGAAAUUUAACUCAUGGCAACCAAACCAUUGAGGCCUGGAGAGUGAUUUUUUUUAUGACAGUAGGUCUAUAUAUCAUUGAAAUGCUGAUCUAUACAAUGUUUGGUACUGGCGAAGAGCAACCAUGGAAUAAAGUUAAAUGUCAUGCUGUUGAAAGGCCAGAACAAACAGUUCCUCUAAAAGAAACAAGACAUUAAUAAAAUUAUAAAUUUAAA